GGCUCAUGUAAUCAAAGAAGUUUUUGUUGUGUGUAUCUUUUCAGAACACAACAGGAAUUGAAAAUGAAUCAGAACACUACUGAGCCUGUGGCAACCGCUGAGACCCUGGCCGAGGUACCCGAACAUGUGCUCCGAGGACUUCCCGAGGAAGUGAGGCUUUUCCCAUCUGCUGUUGACAAGGCCCGGAUUGGUGUCUGGGCCACUAAACCAAUUUUAAAAGGCAAAAAGUUUGGACCAUUUGUUGGUGAUAAGAAAAAAAGAUCUCAGGUUAAGAAUAAUGUGUACAUGUGGGAGGUAUACUAUCCAAAUUUGGGAUGGAUGUGCAUUGACGCCACCGAUCCAGAGAAGGGGAACUGGCUGCGAUAUGUGAAUUGGGCUUGUUCAGGAGAAGAGCAAAAUUUAUUUCCACUGGAAAUCAACAGGGCUAUUUACUAUAAGACUUUAAAGGUAAGAGUGUUAGAAUUAGUCUCUGUUACUCUGCAUGCAUUUUUGCAAAUACCGUCCUUAGCUGUGACUGACAGUAACAACUUUGCAGACUUUGAAAGGAUUAUAUUUGAAAGUGGUUCAUCAACACAUUGAAGGUCUGCGUUUUUAAAUAUCCGGUUGCCACCGCUUCAUGUGCACAAGAGCACUGAAGCAUGAAGAUUGUGUCAAGUAAUUACUUGCUGCAUCUUUAUAGAUACUGAGGAGCUAAGUGUGUGGCAGCUACUUCCCUCCUCCUAAGAUACAGAUGCAUUAGGAACUGUCUGACAGGCUGAUUUAUACAAUGUAGGAAACCACCAAUAGCUCUGGUAGUUCUGUGCUAACUGAAAACAAUCUUGGUCUUCAGUGUAAUGUAGCCUUGGAUUAGGUUUUUCCUAAAUUUUAUUCAGAAUUGGGAUUAAGUAGAACAUGUUUCUUCCUUUGUGAAAUUUUUAUUUGGAGACAUUCAUUGCUGAGAUGAAAAGAAGAAGAAAGUAAUUUUUUAGGGUUUGAGGUGAGGUCACAGGUCACUGAAUACAUCAGGGAAGUUAGUAUUAGGAAGCAUUGAGUGUGGCUGCAUUUCUGCAAGAAGCAGGCCCCUGUCUGUCUCUUGUCACUUCUCUCUGAAUGCAAAUCUGCACUGGUCCUGCAUGGACAAGUUCUCGAAGGCGGAGUCUUGAGGCUCUAAAGAUAGAUGAUGGUUGCUUUUUGGAAUAGAUAUGUUUGCUGAAAUUGUUGUAAGGCAAAUUUCUCUUUAUUUACUGACUUCUAUUAAAAAUGUCAUGGAUUAGGGGGACAGUCUAUGAAAAAAUUAUCUCCAUGACAUCAAAAACUCUAGUUGAGCAAGCAUUUAGGAUCAUGGUCAGUAUUGUGGCAGGCUGGGUUUUGCCUGUCUGGUAGCACUAGGGCUUCUGGAAGUUUAGUGAGCAUAGCUGCUUAAUUUUCCUGUCAUUUUUAGACAAUUGGAUUGUCCUCUGCCUCAUACAUAGCCACAUUCUUGCUUCCAGUCCCUGU